GGGAGAAUGAGCUGAGGGCCGGAGGUGUUAUCUGGGUACUCCGGUGAAAGGGGCAUGACGGCCGUUCUCAGUAUGUGAGGAAAGGAGGAACCCGGCCCUUGGGAAGGAUAAACUUCAGAACCCUUGGGAAAGACGCGGAGGACAUGCAGACACCUGCGGUGCCGACGUGAAGAUGAGUAGCUCAGAGGAGGUGUCUUGGAUUUCCUGGUUCUGUGGGCUCCGUGGCAAUGAAUUCUUCUGUGAAGUGGAUGAAGACUAUAUCCAGGACAAAUUUAAUCUUACUGGACUCAAUGAGCAGGUGCCUCACUAUCGACAAGCUCUAGACAUGAUCUUGGACCUGGAGCCUGAUGAAGAGCUGGAAGACAACCCCAACCAGAGUGACCUGAUUGAGCAGGCAGCUGAGAUGCUGUAUGGAUUGAUCCACGCCCGAUACAUCCUCACCAACCGUGGCAUCGCCCAGAUGUUGGAAAAGUACCAGCAGGGGGAUUUUGGCUACUGUCCCCGAGUGUACUGUGAGAACCAGCCAAUGCUUCCCAUCGGCCUUUCAGACAUCCCAGGCGAGGCCAUGGUGAAGCUCUACUGUCCCAAGUGCAUGGAUGUGUACACACCCAAGUCAUCGAGGCACCAUCACACGGACGGCGCCUACUUCGGCACCGGUUUCCCUCACAUGCUCUUCAUGGUGCAUCCAGAAUACCGGCCCAAGCGACCUGCCAACCAGUUUGUGCCCAGGCUCUACGGUUUCAAGAUCCAUCCGAUGGCUUAUCAGCUGCAACUCCAAGCCGCCAGCAACUUCAAGAGCCCAGUCAAGACUAUUCGCUGAUUCCCCACCCCGUGUGUCCCUCACUCAGUCUUUGACACUUCCAUUCCUUUGCUGCCACCCUUUCAAGAACCCUCUGGUUUUUAGUUUAAAUUAAAGGAGUCAUUAUUGUGGUGGGAAUAUGAAAUAAAGUGGAAGAAAAGGCCAUGA